ACGCCCUUUUCUUCCCUCUCACAGCUCUCUGUGUAAAACAAGCCCUCCCUUCCGAAUCGCGUCGUGAGCUUUCCCGCUUCCGCCGGGCGCGUGGGGCCCGGGGCGUGGCAAGGGAGCCCCGCUCUGCGUUGGCGAACGGCGUGGGCCGUGACGUGACCGCGCCCUGACGUCGAGCCGACGUGUAGCACAGUCUCCCGGGAGACCGGGAAAGCCGUUCGCACUUGGAGUCGAGGUCUAGGUGAGACAGUGAAUGACUUCCUUGAGCCCCGCGGCCUACGCAGUCCCCCGGGAUGCAUUUCCGGAGUGGAGGCGUGCUGGCACCGGGGAGACGGCCGGAAAGCUGAGCCGCGGCGCGGCGGCGAGGGAAUGUGGCCCCGAGCGUCGCCUCCGCCCCCCUUUGCGGCUCCUACACAGCUUCCGCGAGCCCGCUCGGUCCAGGCGUCCUCUACUCUCCCCAAAAGCGCCGCUCGGCCUCCGCCCCGCACCCUCCUCCCUCCUCCCGCCACGGCAGGUCCCGAGGGAACAGGGUUAGAAAGGGAUAGGUUUCAAAACCCUUCCAGCAGUUUUGGCUGGCCUUGCAGUUGAUUUCUAUUUGGAAAAUCCCGCCGCUUCAGGAAUGUCUUAGAACGUGAACUCCGUUUCACCUGACCCUGACCUGCUCAUUUGCGGGUGAUUCACACCAGGGGAAGGGCGUGUUUAUGGAAGGGCCUGAAAGCUGAACGUGAGUUAAUGGCCCAACGUGACACUGCUGUGAGGAAGGGAAUCGGAAGUGAACAAGCCAGGAUGUUUCUGUCUACUGCAAUUACUAGAACCUGUCAAAUUUCCCCACUUGCUGUAAUAAGGACACAAAGUUGGAAUAGCUCUACAGAUAAAGGAGAUUAUUUUACUUCAGAACUCAUAUUUUCAGAAAUUAUGGAUCGUCACAUCCCCAUGCAUGCAUUACCUGAAGAAAUCCAAAAGAUGUCUCCUGAAGAAAAGGUUUGUAAGUACUGUGGAGUCAGCUAUCUAAUUCUUCAUGAGUUUAAGGCUAUGGAAGAAAAAGUGAAAGCAAUGGAAAAAGAGAUGAAAUUUUAUCAAGGAAGUGUAGACCGUGAAAAGAAACUUCAAGAAAAGCUGCAGUCUCUUAGUCAAGAUUUUGAACAGUAUAAAAUUGACAAUGAAUCCAAAACAGAAAGAAUUCGAGAUGUAAGCAUGCAGUUAGAAAGUCAACAAAAUGAAUUUCAGAGAGUACAGAAAGAAUUGAGUCAUUUGCAACAUGAAUUAAAAAUUAAGCAGAGACAAUCACAAGUAUUCAGUCAAAGAUUGGUGAAGUACAAAUAUUUCUGGAAUAAGACUCUUUCAUUACUUACUUUUACUAAAAGGGAGCUAACCAGUAUUAAAAAUGAAGUAUAUGAUAAUUUUCAAAACUGGACUUCACUGAAAGGAGAAGUUUUUCUACAAAUUAAAUCCAUAAGUGAAACAGCCUUGACAGAAAUAGAGAUACUAAAGAAAAGUUUGACAGUGUCCCAGAGAAAUAAGAUAUGCCUUGAAGAGGAAAUGAAAAAUCUGAAAUUGUUGUCAGAUGCAGCCAUAUUGAGGUCUCAGCAGAUUCAGACAUCCAAACAGCAGGAAGUAAACUUGCAAACCAGAUGCCAUGACUUGCAAAAAGAAGUACUAGAUUUGCAACGUCAAGUAGAGGCAGUUGGGCUAAACCUUCAGAAGGCAGUGACCAAGAUUGACAACUAUAAAGAAAAGCUCAUGAAUAAAUCUAAUGAAGCUGAUGACUGUCAAAGAGAACUUAGAAAACUGAAGUUUGAAUCCAUUAUUUCUGAGUCACGGCAUACCAGAUUGCUUAAAGAGAAAGAGGAUUCUUUAAUGGCUUGUCAACAAAUAUGUAAAACUUUACAGGAAGAACUGACUGCAAAAGAAAGGCUAGAAGAAGACAUAAGGAGAAGAAUUAAUCUUGCAGAAAAUGAACUACAGAUAACCAAAACUCUUCUGAAUCAGACAAAGGAAGAGGUUGUAACACUGAAAGAUGAAAGGGAAUUAAUGCUGAUUUCACAUCAGAAAAGCAUCAAACAGCUGCAGGAGCUUCGACAGAAGCUGCUGAACGAUGACAACUGGAGAGAGAAGAUUGAAGCUGAGCUGGCCAAGGAAAGAGCCCGACAUUUAGUUGAAUUUGAGGAGCAAGCUCUGCUUUUUAAGGAAGAAGCUAAACUAGAACUUGAUAUUGAAAAGGAAAAACACCAAGAAAUAAUCCAAAAGUAUAAGAAAGAACAAGAGGAAUUGCAAACGAAGAUAUCUGACUUAAUCGCAGGCGCUACUAGAGAGCUGAGGCUGGAAGUGGCCACUCUUGAAGAAAAACUCCGUGACUCUUGUAUACGAUAUACUGAAGAUUCUGAGUCAAAGGAGAAAGAAAUCGAAAACCUUAAAAAUUUGGUUGCAGAAUUUGAAUCCCGCUUGAAGAAGGAAAUUGAUAGUAAAGAUUCUGUUUCAGAGGACUUGAGGAAGGAAAUGCAGCAGAAGUCAGAGGAGCUAGAGAGAGCAGUGCUGGCGCAAGCACAGCUGAUACAGCAGUUUAACCAGUCCCAGGAGCAGAACACUUUUCUUCAGGAAACAGUGCGCAGGGAGUGUGAAGAACGCUUUGAACUGACAGAGGCUUUGAGUCAAGCCAGAGAACAGCUUCUGGAGCUCAGGAAGCUCAGUGGAAGUUCACCUUUGUCACGGUGUUCCCUUCACCAGGGCAGCCUCACCUCGUCCGCUGCCGUGGUCAGUCACCAGGGAGAGAGAAUCCUUCCGAGCCCGAACUCUGGAAAAGGAAUCAAAAUCCCCAGCCUGCAUGGAGUGUCAAAACCCACCGCUUCCCCAACCUUGGCUCAGUCCAAAAGGGUCAGCAGCUCAGGUUUGCCCACUGUCCCCCAGCCCCAUCCUCCCAGGGGUGGAGCAUCUUCGGUAAAUGAGACCAGACGGAGACUGGCUGUCAUUCUGCGGAGGAGACUGAGUCAGCAGUGACUGAUCCAGUCGAGAGCAGUUCCAGGCAGCACGCCUGGUCUUCCCCAGCCCGCCAGAGAUGCGCUGUGAGUGAGGAUGACAAAGGUCAAAUUAUUAUCACAGAUCAAGAAUGCAUGUUUAUAGAUAUCUUUAAUAGGGUAAUAGGAGAAACUAGGAUUUGUGAAGCCACAUUUUCUAAGAGACCUUUGAAAUUGCCACAGAUAAUGAAGUUGUUGAUAUUCCAGAGGGCCAAUUUCUCUAUUUCUAUAUUGCAUGUUUAGAUAUGUUCUAUGACUAUGCCCUUUUAGAGAUCAUAGGUAAAAAUUUUCACUCAUAGCAUCUUUGCUAUUUUUUUUUGCACCAUUACAAGCAGAUAUAUUUCCACAAAAAACAGAUUGUCUUGGUUCUGUUGGUGUUUGUUCCUUUGUUUGUUGAGCUGAAUGGGUUAAAUAGAUG